GGCAGCGCGGGGAGCGGACCGCGGUGGGGACUGGGCCCUCCUCUUCCCCACCCCCGCCCGCAUCCCCUCGGGGUCCCGCUUUCUCCUCCCCUCCCUCCCUCCCUCUUUCCUUCCUUCGCCGGAACCGGAACCAAGUUUGACCCGGACACUUGCUCAACCUGCAGCCAGUGGUCCUGAUACAACUUUGGAGUCUGCCCUAAAAUCUCCUGAGAACAAGGGAAUUCCAGGAAGAAGGAAACAGCGCAUCUUCGACUUGCCUUUCCCCCCUCCCUUGUUCCCCCCUUUUGCCCCAUCCACUGCCACAAGAUGGCGGCCGACAGCCCAGAGUCGCUGAUGGCCCUCUGCACCAAUUACUGCCUUCACAACCUGGAGGGGACGCUUUGCUACCUGCUGGACAACGAGACUCUCCGUCUCCACCCAGACAUUUUCCUGCCGAGCGAGAUCUGCGACAGACUUGUCAAUGAGUAUGUGGAACUGGUCAAUGCCGACAGCAUCUUUGAGCACAACGAAAACUUCUUCACCUUGUUCUCUGAUCCUCGGAGCACCCGACUGGCCAGGAUCCAUUUGAGGGAAGACAUUGUCCAGGAUCAGGACCUAGAAGCGAUCCGAAAACAGGACCUCAUCGAGCUCUUCCUGACGAAUUGCGAGAAGCUAACCGCCAAGACCCUCCAGACCCUGGGCAGCUUCAGCUCCACCCUCGUCUCCCUCAGCCUUUUCGGCUGCACCAACAUUUUUUACGAGGAGGAGAACCCCAGUGGCUGCGAGGAUGAUUUGAACCCCACCCGCCAGGUGCUGGUCAAAGACUUCACCUUCGAAGGCUUCCGCCGCCUGCGCAUCCUCAACUUGGGCCGGAUGACCGAGGGGGUGAAUGUGGAGGGCCUGCUCAGGCCACUGGCCUCCCUCACGGCGCUGGACCUCUCCGCCAUCCAGCUCAACGACAUCCUCUUCCUGACCCAGUGGAAAGACAGCCUGGCGUCGCUGGUGCUUUACAACAUGGACCUGUGUGAGGAGCACAUCCAGGCCAUCGCGCAGCUGCGCAAGCUCAGGCACCUGGACAUUUCCCGGGACCGCCUGUCUAGUUAUUAUAAAUUCAAGCUGACGCGCAGGGUUCUGAACCUCUUUGUGGAGAACCUGGGAAGCCUCACGUCCCUGGACAUCUCAGGCCACACCAUGCUGGAGAACUGCACUUCCCCAUGCCUGGAUGAGAGAGUGGGCCAGACCAGCACCAACCCAGAAAUCAGCAGCAUCACCCCCUUCCGGAGCCUGAAGCGACCACUCCAGUUCCUGGGCCUCUUCGAGACCUCUCUUUGCCGUCUUUCACAUAUUCCAGCUUACAAGGUGACUGGGGAUAAGAACGAAGAGCAGGUGCUCAACGCCAUCGAAGCUUACACCGAACACCGCCCCGAAAUCACCUCCCGAGCCAUCAACCUCCUCUUCGACAUCGCCCGCAUCGAGCGCUGCAACCAGCUCCUGCGAGCCCUCAAGCUCGUCAUCACCGCACUCAAGUGUCACAAGUACGACAAGAACAUCCAGGUGACAGGCAGCGCCGCCCUCUUCUACCUCACCAACUCAGAGUACCGCAUGGAGCAGAGCGUCCAGCUGCGGCGGCAGGUGAUCCAGGUGGUGCUGAACGGCAUGGAGUCCUACCAGGAAGUGACCGUGCAGCGGAACUGCUGCCUGACCCUGUGCAACUUCAGCAUCCCGGAGGAGCUGGAGUUUCAGUAUCGCCGGGUCAACGAGCUGCUCCUGAAUAUCCUCAACCCGACGCGGCAGGACGAGUCCAUCCAGCGCAUCGCCGUACACCUCUGCAACGCCCUGGUGUGCCAGGUGGACAACGACCACAAGGAGGCCGUGGGCAAGAUGGGAUUUGUCAUGACAAUGCUGAAACUGAUUCAGAAGAAACUGGUGGACAAAACGUGUGACCAGGUGAUGGAGUUCUCCUGGAGCGCCUUAUGGAACAUCACGGAUGAGACCCCCAACAACUGUGAAAUGUUCCUCAAUUACAGCGGCAUGAAGUUGUUCCUCGAGUGCUUGAAGGAAUUUCCUAACAAGCAAGAGCUGCAUCGGAACAUGCUGGGCCUUCUGGGAAACGUCGCAGAGGUGCAAGAGCUCCGUCCACAGCUUAUGACUUCACAGUUCAUCAGCGUUUUCAGCAACCUGCUGGACAGUGAGGCAGACGGGAUCGAGGUGUCCUACAACGCAUGCGGCGUCCUCUCGCACAUCAUGUUCGAUGGUCCGGAGGCCUGGAUGAUUUGCGAGCCCCGCCGAGAGGACGUUGUGGACCGGAUGUGGGCGGCCAUCCAGCGCUGGGAUGUUAAUUCCAGGAGGAACAUCAACUACAGGUCUUUCGAGCCAAUCCUUCGACUAAUUCCUCAAGGCAUCUCUCCAGUCAGCCAGCACUGGGCUUCUUGGGCUCUCUACAACCUCGUUUCUGUCUACCCGGACAAAUACUGCCCCUUGCUGAUCAAAGAAGGUGGCCUCCUCCUCCUGAGAGACAUGAUCAAAAUGGCGUCGGCACGACCAGAGACAAAGGAAAUGGGACGGAAGGUCAUAGAACACUGCAAUAACUUUAUGGACGAGAACAUGGACACGUCUAGAUAGAGGGGGACGCGGUGUCCCAUCUCUGGCCCGGCGCUGCAUCCAGCAUCUCUUCAGUUCACUGUACACAGGCUGGACUUUCUCACCAGCUUAGCUGUUGGAAGGAGCCUUUAUGGGUGUUUGUGUGUGUGGGUGAGCGUGCAGGCGUGUGUAUUGUCUAAAACCGAAAAGAGCCCCCACGGACAGGGAAGGAAAUCGCACCUGCAGGAAAGUCGUGGCGGGAGCCAUCAUUUUGCACAACGAGAUUCUUUCCUUUAAAUAGUGGAUCUCCCCCUCCCCUCUUUUGUUUGGAAAAGUACAAAUUGGAGUUUGUGUGCAUGUGUAUGAUUUCUGUAUAAAAAAAAGACCAGGAAGGAAACGACUGGCAUCAUGUCUGUAUCUGUUGACCUUGGAUAGAGAGCAGGGAAAGCCUCAGGCGGGGGUCAGCGUCAGGCUCUCGCUGGAAGAUGGACAUUGCAGUCCGCCCCCUCUGCCUUUCUCCUCCUCGUGACACGCAGGCAGGAGGAGCCGCCGCGUGAGGUUGCUCCACGUGGGCCCAGAAAGCCGUGCUGUGCCAAGCGCAGGUCCGGUGGCCCAGAGCAGGCGUGGCCACUCAACUGGCCCUCAUGCCGGUGAUCUGGCCUCUGCUGGGAGCAGCCCCGCAAGCUGGGGAGAGGCAGCUGCUCUCUCGUCCCAGAGGGACCUCCUUCUGCCCUCACAGGAAGCUCUCCUCUCGCCCCUGCCCCCCCUUCUUCGCUGCUUCCCUUUAUCUAGAAGCUUGAUGGUGACUUGAAGAUGUGUUUGCCCCUCAAGGAGGGGAGGGCAGCGAGCAGAAGUGAAGGAAAGGGGACGAAGGCCCCCCUCCUUCCCCAAGUAUUCCCUUUCAGCACCAAUCAAGCUCGAAGGCAGCAGCCCUGCAGCAGCACCGUACUGGAUCUGGCCCAAGGGCCGGGCAGUCGCUCUGUUCCACAGGGUGGGCAGCCAGCCAGCUGCUCCAAUGGGAAGCCCACAUCCGGGCCAUGGAAGCCCCCUGCCCCGAAAUCCCCCAUGCGAGGCCUCUGAUCCUGGAGGCAGAACAGGAUGAUUGAAAGUGCUUCGCUGCCACGGCGUGCCAACACUGCUGUCCCCCAGAACAGGGAGAGGAGACGGUGGCCAGUCCAGGGGGCCUUGCUAGGAAUGAUGGGCCAGGCAGGAGGAGCGGAACAUGAUGGCAGGGCUGGUGCUGCGAGGAGGAGCAGGAGGAGGAGGUCUCGGAUGAGGGUGGGGGCCGCAGGGAGCACGCAAUGUUUGGCUGGCUGAUUAACUGGUUCCUUUUUUCCCUGAACUGGAACCCACAUCCCAAUUAAUCCAGGCAACCACUUUUUAAAAAGUCAGUUAUUUUAAUACAAGAAUGUACAGAAGGUGUGAGCAGCAGGCAUGGAAGAGAGCAGAGGAGUUGAGCUCGGAUGCAAUCCAGAUUUAGGCAUCCAUUGGUGCCUUGAAAUUUACCUCGGAGCCGUGCCCUGGGCUUCAGUGGGUUUACGCGGUGGAUGACUGCAUCUGCCUCUAACCCAGCCUCUAAAAAAGACAUAACCACACUUUCUGGUCACAUUGUUUAGUCUUGUUCAAAUGUAUGGUUAAUCUCUGGCAAUUUCUGACAUCAAACGAUGGAUUUAGAUAAUGGAUUUCAUGGCUGCGUUCUGUGCAGGACCUACCUUAACCCUCCCUUGGUCCCCUUUGUCUGCUAAGUAGCUCUACUCCUGAGCUGUACCUGCUGAGCCUAAAACAAACCAAGUUUCUAGUCCUCAUGGUUGCAUAUAGCAGCUUCCCUAAAGCAGAUCAUAGGAAGUUGCAUUGUACAGAGCCCGCUCAUCAGUCUGUCUAGCCCAGGAAUAUCAGCACAGGCCAACAGCUGUGGUCCCUCCAGGUUUCAGGAAGGGUUCCUUUGUAGCCCUGCUUGGAAAGGCUGCCGGAGACCAAACCUGCGACCCCCUGCCUGCCAUGCUGGGCUCUGCUGCCAGGCCACAGACUUUCUACCCCCCUCCCACCCCCACCAUCACGGAUGAGCUUGAAGAGCGAUCCGGUGGCUUCUUGACUCUCAUGUUCAUUCCGGUUUGAUCGGCUGCUUGAGCUGCCCACGAUGGGCUGUCGGAAAGGAAAGACAGGCAUGUUGAUAAGGAUAUGCUCAGGACCCACUUGGAGGGGGCACUGAAUUCACCUGGAUUUCAAGGUUUUGACUUCAGGUGGGUGAUGCAGAAGUGCAACAGCCGAAUCAGUCCUGCUACACUCACAUUUGGGAUGUAAACCGAGAACAUCGCUCCCCAGCUCGGUCAGGAACAGAAUGAAUGAAGUUCAGAGCUGGUUCACACAACAGCUGCAGCGGAUGCUGCUGAAAUUCUGGCCAGUGCCGAAAUUCAGCUCUCCCUGUUUGUUCAGCAGCCGGUGUGGUACUGGAGAAUGCAGGCUGUGUGGAAGGAGAAGGGAAAACUGGUGUGGGCAGGGCGAGGGGGGAGCGGAAGCAAAACAGCCAGGCACGGUACCUCAGGUCUACCCAGAGCCGCCUCGCCUUCGCCUUCGCCUUCUGCUCGUCCCCACUUACCUCGCUUACCAAAGUUGGCCUGGUGGCUCCUCAGACCAGCAGAGCAGACCCCCAACUCCUUGCUGUGAGGGGGUUGGAUCCAGGAUGGUGCUGGUCCAAGGGUGCUGACAAAAGCAGACUUCCUCACCCCUCGCUUCCCACCGCAGUCCCUCCAGCCUCCUGAAAAAGCAGCACGGAGAGUUGGGGAUGCUGCAGAAAGGGGUGUCCAUGGAACAGGGGGAGCCCCCAAAAUAGGGUGCAGGGAUCUUCAGUAAGCAGAAGGAAGAUCCCGGCCCUGGCCCUAUGGGUACAGAAAAGGAAGAAAGCGGCCUUGGGCGCACUCUUAUUUUAUUUCACUCUGAUUUUGUUCACGUUCCUGUUUUUCUGCUACUUUGGGGUAUUAUUGUCCUGAUCUGAAGGCUCUAGCUGAAGGCAAGAUCCUUGUUUAUGCCAAGGGGGCCCCAUCUGGCCCGUGCCUAGAGGAGUGAGUGUCUGGAAAACCAGAAUGAGUUCCAUCCUGGAAGGAAGGUGGAAUUAAUACUUGUUGUCAAAGAGGCUGGAGAUGCUCCCAGCUCCUCUCCGUAAACACACAGCUCAUGGCUCAGCAGUGGCUGGCUGCUGCGUGAGAUGCAGAAAUUGCUCUCUGGAAGGGACCAACUCAGUUCCGACUCCAAAUAAUUAUUCUCGUUGGACAGCAGCAAACGCAGGCUUGUUUUCCCUGCGGCUGGUUUGCUUCUCGCCCUUCUGCUUUACCAGUCUUGGGAACAGCUUCAUUUUCAUGCCAUGUUGUCUGUCUCAGGUCAAGGCAGCAGCACAAACAAGGCCAGGGUAAGCCAUGGGUCACUGUUCAGACAUUGCAACAAGCCAUGGUUUAAGCAAGCUGGACUUUGUGCACAAAAGCAAACUAUGAUUUCUAUGUACUGUUUGUAGCUGGUUAAUAAGACAUGGCUUGUUUCAGGGGACAUGAUAGGAUGACAAGCCAGAUUUCCACAAAUUUGUGUGGCUUAGCUGUGUCUAUAAACCAGCCCCUUGACCUUAUUUUCUUUGUUCGGAUAAUAACAACCCCAAAGCAGGGGAUAUUGCUUGGAAUUUUCAGGUGUCUAUAUCCUAAUUAAAAAAAAAUAGCUACCCACUUCCACGGAUGACCUGUAAGGGUUAGGGUUCAGUUGACAUCCCCAAGUCAUACCAGAAUGGAGAGAAAGGAAGCUUGGCUAUCAUUUCCUUGGCAGUUUUGACCAAGUUUUCCAUCUUCUCCAUUUUGAACAGCCUCUUCUUGGUCCUGGUGUCUGUGAUGAGAUUUUUAAUUUGGACAAUGGCUAAUUGUUCUGUUUUGCUGUCAUACAUUCUCAAUAAAUAAGGAAGCUAA